AAUCGCGCCUAGCAAACCAACAGGAUGGCACUGGUGCUGAAGUCGCUAUACUGGGGCUACGAGCUGUUUUUCUACGAGGAUCAAGACCCGCGAAGUGCUCAGUACGUUCUGCUGAACCCGCCGUGGUUGCCGGUGGUCAUUAUCGGCGCAUACCUGUACUUUGUUCUGAAUCUCGGGCCCAAGUUAAUGGCCAACCGUAAACCGUUCGUUCUGAAACGAUUAAUCCUGGUGUACAAUUUGGUUCAGGUUAUGUCAAAUGCUGUGCUCUGUUUUCUGGGAGUUAAACUAGCCAUCGAAGUGCGAAUGUCUCUCAAAUGUCAACCAGUUGACUAUUCCACCAGCUCUACCGCUUUGCGGGAGCUUCAAUUGGUGUAUUACUACUACCUAUUGAAGGUUGCCGAUUUAUUGGAUACAGUAUUCUUCGUUCUUCGCAAAAAGCAAACUCACGUUUCCUUCCUGCACGUCUACCACCACACCGGAGUGCUGCUGGGUGCGUACAUAUACGCCCGUUUCAUUCCCGGAGGGCACGCCUUAAUGCUCGGGCUUUGGAACACCUUCGUGCACACCGUGAUGUACUUCUAUUUCUUCCUAACGGUGCAUCGACCGGAGCUGACGAGGAACGCCAACUGGAAAAAAUACAUUACCAUCCUGCAGAUGGUUCAGUUUGCCUAUCUGACGUUUCACUUCGCGCAACCGAUAGUGUUCGGCUACGAAUGCGGGAUCCACCGGUUUUGGCUUUGGAUGCCAACGAUCCAAAAUGUCUUCAUGAUGAUACUGUUCUCGGACUUUUACCGUCGGACGUACGGAGGCAAACGAAAAAGUGUUUCACCGCCACCGGUUAGAGUUGCUGUCAAUAGUCACCUAAACAGUCACAUUAGAAUUAAUAAAUAGAUGUAGCACAUGAUAGUACACAAAUAAAACAGUGCUUGCAGCGCGACAUUGUUAUUGUGCUGGGCACAGUCUCGGAGGUAUGGUACUCAAUUUGAAUUGUAAAUCACCGAUUGGAGCAGAAGGGAACCUACGGCAAGGUAAACAAAUCAAACGAUGUAUCAAUGGCCUAUAUAAUAGCGAUGGACAAUAUGCUAUGGAACGCGUAGUGGCGAGCGUAAAUUGUCAAACGUCACUUUCUAGAAAAAAUGUUUCUCAAGCUAAAGAAAGUUCUCUGAAGUGAGAUGUGCAUGGAUUAAACUUUUUUAAAAGAAUAUCAUAUAAAAAACGAAAAAAAAAAUCA